UAUCCAAUUUUUUAGGGGCGUUACGCGCUAUUUUGUAACUGCUAUUAAAUUUCAAUAGUGUUGAUAGUUAUCAACGAUUGAGUGAUUUGUUAAUUAAAGUUUUGUGUAUAAACCAUUUAGUUGUAUCUUUAGCACCAUAUUAUACGUUUUUUGAAGUUUUGGUGGACCGGCAGCAUGUGUUCGUGACGCCACGCUCGGCCUUGGUCUAUAGGUAUUACCCCGAGAAGCUCUGCGUUUUGAGGCCCGGAGACAGCCUACGAUGGCCCUGAUCAUGCAGUAUAUAGAUGACAUGCACCAUGUCUUCAGCAAACACGGAGAUCCUCGCACAAACAACUGGCUACUCAUGUCCAGUCCAUUCCCUACCCUGGCUAUCUGCCUGUCGUAUGUCUACCUGGUCAAGGUGCUGGGGCCCAGGUUGAUGGAGAACCGUAAACCUUUUGAGCUGCGCAAUGCUCUCAUCGCCUAUAACCUAUUUCAAGUUAUAUUUAGCGCAUGGCUGUUUUAUGAGCUUAGCAUUUCAGGGUGGCUAACCGGACACUAUAGCUUGCGCUGCCAGCCGGUCGACUAUUCUAACAACCCUCGCACGCUCCGGAUGGUACAUGUAUGUUGGUGGUACUACUUCUCCAAGUUCACAGAAUUCAUGGACACAAUCUUCUUCGUGCUGAGGAAGAAGAACCAGCAUGUGUCCACUCUCCAUGUGAUCCACCAUGGCUGUAUGCCCAUGAGCGUAUGGUUUGGUGUCAAGUUCACUCCAGGUGGUCACAGCACCUUCUUCGGAUUGCUGAACACAUUUGUCCACAUCAUCAUGUACACAUACUACCUCCUUGCGGCACUAGGACCUAAAGUACAAAAAUACCUAUGGUGGAAGAAGUACCUCACAUCCCUCCAAAUGGCCCAGUUCAUAGCCAUCAUGGUCCACGCAUUCCAGCUGCUCUUCAUUGACUGCAACUACCCUCGGGCCUUCGUUUGGUGGAUUGGUAUGCACGCUGUCAUGUUCUUCUUCCUCUUUAAAGAGUUCUACAACCAGUCCUACAACAGGAGCAUGAAGGCUGCUGCGAAAGUGGCCACUGCAAACGGUGUGGCUACAAACGGAGUGGCCAAUGGUAAAGUACAUCAGAAUGGAACACAGAAUGGACAUGCUAAGACCAACGGGUACAGCAAGCAAGCUGAUUACUACGCGACGGGCGAUGGGCUGAUGCGGCCAGAUCUCGUGCAGCGACCAGUCACAUCGGCCAGGAGCGACUGAGUGUGACGUGCGCACCUGUCAUGUUGCUCAACCCCGAGUGGUACUUAAUGUAGAUAACUUGUACAGUUUAGAUUUACGGUGUCGAUCCAGCUCUUGUGUACUAUUGAAGCGCUGCAGCAGCUGAGCAGCUUCUUCCAUUACUUUUCAUUGUUGUAGUUUGCUCAAUUUGUAAUAGUGAUUACCUGUUUAAAAAUCUAUAUUUUCUUGUUGUAUUUUCUUCCUUUAUAUUUAUCUUUUGAAUAUAAGUGUUUUUCAUUUUUUAAUAUACUUUUUUGUUCACUGUACCUACCAUUGUUAAAUUUCAUCUCUUUGGACUUUUUAAUUCAGGCCCUAAGCUUGAUACAAUCCCCAGCAAUAUUUAGAUAGUCAAGUGUGUUCAUAGGAAUAAUAGAUGUGCCUCUAGUAUUUAACUUGUUGAUUGUUGUUAGUUACUUCCAGUUAAAUUAUUGAAGUUCCAUAAUGUGAAAGCUCUAUACUGCCUAUAAAAAAUGUUAAAUUGCAGGUGUUAAAUCAGUUCAUAUUGUUAUUGUUGGAAGAAUUUAAAGAUUGAAGAAUAUUUUAUUUUUUAUACUGUUAAGUUUUUGUUGAAAACUACAAUAUUCUCCUUUGCAGCAAUAAUCAUUGUGUAAUCAUCCGUUCAAUGAGAAAAUGUUAUCAUAUUCCUCAUUAACCCAAACUUUGCUGGUUCAAAAUUCCAAUACAACUUGUGAAGCAUAACAUCGUGCCUUUUACAUGUUGUGCCUUCAAGGCUUCUUACAGGGACCAUCAUCUUAUCUGCCUGCUGCUACACUCUGAACCUCCCGAAACACUAACAAUGGCUUGGACUUUGCACCACCAGCAUUGCGAGAUUAUUCUCAUAUUUAUUUUAUACAGCUCUUGUCACUAUUUAUUUAUUUGUUAUGGUAAUAAAUAAUAAAUUACCGUCUAUGUUUUGUACUUAAGUGCUAUGUCAGGUUUAUUUCUAUUUGUAGUAUAUUUUGUAAUGUACAGUAAUUGUUUUAGAUUUCUCUGUCAUUUAGAGAUUGAUGAUGGAUAAUCAAAAACGAAUUAUUACUUUUGAGAUCACAGCUUUUACCAAAAGCAAUAUUUGUGAAUUUGUAGUUUGUAUUUUUAAGUUUGUGAUCACUGUAGAAAUUUUAUUUAAAUGUUUAUUUCAUUUUUGGAUUAGGCACUAAACUGUGUAUAUGUUUGCAUUUUCCUUGUGUAAUUAUAUUAAUUAUUGUUUAUAUAAAAUAUAUAUAUUUUACUAUUGUCUAUUA